GUGCAGGGGCUCUUCUCUACGGACUGCCACGUCAUAUCCCGCCGGUCUUACCAUCGAAGCCGACACUGGUUUUCGUCUGCGAUAUUCCAUUUCUCUCUACAACUUUUUCAACAUUCCGCCCCUUCUCUCUCUACAUUUUGACCUCAUUUUUGCAUUUUGCCACCGUGCGCCGGGUCUCUCUCUAGUAGCCUUUAGUGUCUCGCUCUAAGCAGAAUUGAAUUAUUCUAUUUUCAGCUUCUCUGUCUUCUAGAGAGCACGAAACUUAUUUCGUACUCCAAUCGCUCUCAUCUGUUUUUUUUAGGGUUUCUUCGACAUUCUUUUCCUGUAUAUGUUUUUUUGGGCUGCAAAUUGUGGGAUGUACUUUGGGUGAGCUCUAGCUUUGUAACUCUCAUACCAUUUAUAGGGUUUUCUCGAUAAGUUAUAUCUGUAAAUCCUUUUUUCUUCUGAAGAAUUUUUAGAUUCUAUUAUCAAGGAGUAACUGAAUUGGAAGAAAGAGAAAAGAGCAAUCGAAAUUUGAAAACGAAAGGGAAGAAGAAGUGAGAUAUAUCAAAGUUCAAGAAAGUAGAACAAGAGUCGUGAGGAUUGUCACAUACUUGAACAUCUCCCAUAUCUAUGAAGUACCAUUGGUUACUUCACAUGUCAAGCAACAAGGAGGAUAGCACAAAGAUCAAGUGACAGAUAUAGAAGUUAGGAUUUCCUAGGAUGGAUGUGUGCCAUUCAAUCGAGCUUAUAGAUGGAGAAGGUGCCUUUAAUACUUCUGCCCUUGAGGACUUUAUGAAAGCUGUGAAAAUGGGUGAGCGUGGUCUUUCCUAUGCGGUGGUUUCGAUUAUGGGCCCUCAAAGUAGUGGGAAAAGCACACUGUUGAACCAUCUAUUUGGGACUAAUUUUAGGGAAAUGGAUGCUUUUAAGGGAAGGAGUCAAACGACCAAAGGUAUUUGGUUGGCAAAUUGUGUUGGUAUUGAACCUUUUACGGUUGUCAUGGACUUGGAGGGUACUGAUGGGAGGGAAAGAGGAGAGGAUGAUACCACAUUUGAGAAACAGAGUGCUCUAUUUGCGUUGGCCGUUUCAGACGUUGUACUGAUAAACAUUUGGUGUCAUGAUAUUGGUCGGGAACAGGCUGCAAACAAACCUCUUCUAAAAAUAGUCUUCCAGGUGAUGAUGCGCUUAUUUAGUCCUCGCAAAACAACUUUGCUAUUUGUUAUUCGUGACAAGACAAAGACGCCAUUUGAACUUUUGGAAUCAGCUCUCAAGCAAGAUAUACAGAAGAUAUGGGAUUCUGUUUCUAAGCCCAAAGCGCAUAAGGAUACUCCACUCAGUGAAUUCUUUAACGUGGAUGUCACUGCUCUAUCCAGCUACGAAGAGAAGGAAGAUCAGUUUAAAGAGCAGGUUGCAUCUCUAAGGCAGCGGUUUUUUUAUUCCAUUGCUCCUGGAGGGCUUGCUGGUGAUAGAAGGGGUGUUAUUCCUGCCUCAGGAUUUGCAUACAGUGCACAGCAGAUAUGGAAAAUCAUUAAAGAAAAUAAAGACCUUGAUCUACCUGCUCAUAAGGUAAUGGUUGCCACAGUUCGCUGUGAAGAGAUUGCAAAUGAAAAACUUGGUCGUUUAACCACAGAUGAGGGUUGGCGUGCCCUAGAGGAAGCUGUACAAAUAGGUCCAGUAUCAGGCUUCGGAAAAACACUUAGCUCCAUUUUGGAGAAGUAUUUGCAAGAAUAUGACAUGGAGGCAAUUUACUUUGAAGAGGGUGUAAGGGUAUCAAAGCGGCAACAGCUGGAGAUGAAAGCAUUAAAUGUUGUGCAUCCUGCUUACCAAGCCAUGUUGGGACAUCUGCGUACCAGAACUUCUGAAAAAUUUAAGGAUAGAUUGGAACAGUCGCUUAAGAGAGGUGAAGGGUUUGCUGCAUCUGUUUGUGAUUGUAUGGAGUUUGCCAUGCAUGAGUUUGAUCAAGGAUGUGCAGAUGUAGCUAUUCAGCAAGCUAACUGGGAUUCUUCCAAAGUCCGUGAAAAGCUUCAACGUGAUAUUGAAACGCAUGUAGCAUCAGUUCGUGCUGCCAAGCUAUCUGAAAUUACAGCUCAUUAUGAGAAACAAGUUACUGAAGCACUAGCUGAACCUGUAGAAUCACUAUUUGAAGCAGCUGGUCAAGAUACUUGGGCAUCAAUUAGGAAGAUUCUUAGACGUGAGACCAAUAAAGCAGUGUCAGGAUUAUCAUGUUCCCUUACUGGUUUUGAAUUAGAUCAAGAAACUGUGGAUAAGAUGGCGGGACAUCUUGUUGCCUUUGCAAGAAGUGUGGUAGAGAAAAAAGCCAGGGAGGAAGCUGGCAAGGUUCUGAUACGUAUGAAGGAUAGGUUUACAACACUGUUCAGUCAUGAUAAUGACUCGAUGCCAAGAGUUUGGACUGGGAAGGAAGAUAUUCGGAAGAUCACAAAGGAUGCUCGUGCUGCGUCCCUGAACCUUCUAUCUGUAAUGGCUGCCAUACGUUUAGAUGAGAAGCCAGAUAACAUAGAAAAUACAUUGUCAUCCUCUUACAUGGAUGGUUCUAGUGCUGUUGGCCUUGUCAGAGAUAGAAGUAUCACGUCAUCCAUAGGUCCACUUGCUUCGAGCACAUGGGAAGAGGUGCCCCCAGCAAAUACGCUGAUAACCCCUGUUCAGUGCAAGUCUUUGUGGAGGCAGUUCAAUACCGAAACAGAGUAUACAGUCACUCAAGCUAUUGCUGCACAGGAAGCUAGUAGGCGCAGUAACAACUGGUUACCUCCUCCUUGGGCAAUUGUUGCAAUGGCUGUCCUCGGCUUCAAUGAAUUUAUGACACUUCUAAGGAAUCCUCUGUACUUGGGAGUGCUCUUUGUUGUUUUCUUAUUGGCAAAAGCCUUGUGGGUUCAGCUUGACAUACCUGGGGAAUUCCAAAACGGCUUUAUCCCUGGGCUUCUCUCUAUCUCUAUGAGGCUUUUCCCAACUAUAAUGAACAUUUUAAGGAGGCUUGCAGAACAGGGCCAAAGGCACAAAGCUCCCAACCCACAAAGACCUCCUCUAAACUCCACAAGUUUUAGGAAUGGAAUGCAGGAUACCCCAUUGGUCGAUUUUGCAUCUGAGUCAUCAUCAUCGACAACUACCACGAAAUCAUCAGUAUCUCAUGUAUCAUUAUAGGAAACCAGCAUCAAUUACACAUCUCUGUUGAAACAGAGGCAUUAGCCAUGCUUCAGAAGGUGGAGUUUUGGUUGUCCAGAUGGUAUGCUCGAGAGGCAUGUAGUUCUUGAUUUUGUAGAGGCCACUAUGGUUUUAGCAGUCCUCAUGGCCUGUUUAUUGUCAUAUAUCACAUGUAUUAUGAUUGACAGGUAAAGGUCCUAUCAUGUGUGUUAUGUGAAAUAGAUUUGAUGUA